AUGAUCAGCAACUCCAAAGGCGUCGCGCUCAUUACUGGCGCCGGCCAGGGGAUUGGACGCUCGAUUGCGUUGAGGCUCGCAGAAGAUGGAUUUGAUCUUGGAUUGAACGACAUACCAGCAAACAAAGACAAACUCAGCCAGUUGGCUGUAGACAUAGCUGGGAAACAUGGAGGACAGCGACGAACCCACGUUGUCCCCGCAGACGUGACAGUGGAAGACGAUGUCAAGAUAAUGAUGGAGACCGUGGUGAAAGAGUUGGGAGGUCUUGAUGUCAUGGUGGCGAAUGCUGGAAUUAUUCGAACUGCUCCUUUAACAGAGACAUCUGUUGCCGAUUGGGAUGCCGUGCUCGCGGUGAACGUCCGUGGAACGUUCUUGUGCUACAAAUAUGCAGCCCAACAUAUGAUACCUCGGCGUAAAGGACGUAUCAUUGGGGCUAGUUCGUUAGCUGGGAAGAUAGGUACCCCAUACCUGAGUGCAUACUCUGCAUCCAAAUUUGCUGUGAGGGGUCUAACGCAAAGCGCUGCGGUUGAACUUGGGCGGUUUGGGAUUACUGUCAAUGCAUAUGCACCUGGUGGAAUCCAGACAGACAUGUUGGCUGAAUUGCACACGGCUGACGUAGAAUGGACCAAGAACGAAGGAGGUUUUUACGGAAUGAUGGAAUCCCGCGCUGCGUCAGGUACACUCGGAAAGGCUGAUGAUAUAGCAAGUCUUGUAUCUUACCUCGCGUCCGAGGAGGCGCAUUUCAUUACUGGACAAAGUAUUUCCAUUGAUGGGGGUAUUCAUUUUGACUAA